AAUCAUUUUUAAAUCCCACAUAUAUAUAUAGAUUUGAUAUUACUAUAAUUAUUAUUAGUUUCUCAUUUUUUUUGUUUUGUAAGUAAUAAAUAAAUAAUAAAUGCCCACGUGGCUUCCAAAAACCAACACGCCCACAUGGCAUGACCCAAACCAAACCCACUUGUUUUAACCCUAAACGAGUCCACUCAGUCCAUUUCAAAUCAAAAAUAUUUCAACGCGGCUAUUUUUAACUCACCAAAACCCCACUAUAUAUAUAAACCCCUUUUAUUCACACAAAUCAGAAACCAAAAAAAAAAAAUCAGAUCACAUUAAAACGCAGUCGUUUUAAGACAAAAACAAAAAACACUUUCCCUUACCCUAAUUUUCCCAUUCAUUUUCUUUCUCGCCAAACAAACAAAAAAAAUGACUGAAGAAAGCCAGUCAUGGCCAUUAGCUCCGAAUCGAAUCCACCACCGUAGCGACGAAGAGAAUCCGGCAUUCAAAGCCAUAAGAAAAGAACGAAGCAACAAAUGUUUCAUCUACGUCUUCGCAACAAUCGUAUUCCUCGGUUUAAUCUUACUAAUUUUCUCCCUAAUCGUUCUCCGACCUAAAUCUCCCGACGUUAAAAUCAGAUCCGUUACCGUUAAAACUCUCCACUACACAACCUCGCCGUUUCCGUCAGUUAACGCUACUCUGGUGGCGGAGAUUUCGAUUGAGAAUCCUAACUUCGGACCUUACAGCUUCGACGGAAGCUCAGCCAGGAUCCUUUACGGCGGUCAGAAAAUCGGCGAGCGGCGGUUCGGGAAAGGCCGUACGAAAACAAGAGAAAGGACGAGGGUGAGAUUAACGAUGGAUAUUCGAUCGAGUAGGCUUCCGGAAGGUGCGAAUAAUCUGAACAGUGAUUUGAACAAUGGAGUUUUGAAGAUCAGUAGCUAUGCAAAAAUCACUGGUAAAGUUGAGUUGAUUAAGAUUAUUAAUAACAGAAAGACGAGUGAGAUGAAGUGUGAUAUGAAUCUGGUUUUGAAAACAAAGAGAAUCAAAGAUUUAAGAUGUUAAUUAUGAUUAAGAUUACGAUUAAGAUUAAGAUUAUCAGUUUUUUUUGUAUAUUUUAAUUUUGGGUUAUUAUGUUAAUACGAGUUUGUUUUUAUUAUUAUUAUUAUUAUUAUUAUUAUUAAUAUUUGUUUCAUUGAUUCAUUGUCGUUAUUAUUAUUA